AUGAAUGACAAUAUUAAGAAUGUAACAUUAGCAGAACACAGCUGGAAGACUCUUGGCCCGGUGUGGGAUUUCCAGGCUCGGAGCUGCGGCCCCACCGCGGCUAAACACGCACAAAUCGUUAUGACUGAUUACAGAAGCUCAGACAUGGUUCAAGAUGGAACCAAGUGUGGAGGACAGAAGGAAGCUAAGGAUGCUCUGGAAGCUCGAGACCACUACAUGGAGGAGAUGGCUGACACAGCAGAUGCUAUUGAGAUGGCUACUCUAGACAAAGAGAUGGCAGAGGAGCGAGCAGAAUCUCUCCAACUGGAGGUUGACAGCUUGAAGGAGAAAAUUGAGGAGUUGACAAUGGACCUGGAGAUCCUGAAGCAUGAGAUUGAAGAGAAAGGGACUGAUGGAGCUGCCUCCAGUUACCAGGUCAAGCAGCUUGAGGAACAGAACGGCCGGCUGAAGGAGGCUCUUGUCAGAAUGCGGGAUCUAUCUGCUUCAGAGAAGCAGGAGCACAGCAAGCUGCAGAAGGUGAUGGAGAAAAAGUGCAAUGAGCUGGAGACCCUUAGACAACAACGGGAGAAACUGCUGGAGGAAAUGACACAGGCUGAAAAGACCAUUGAUGAGCUGAAGGAGCAGGUCGAUGCUGCUCUGGGAGCUGAGGAAAUGGUGGAAACUCUAACUGAAAGGAAUCUGGAUCUGGAGGAGAAAGUGCGUGAGCUGCGCGAGACCGUCACUGACCUGGAAGCCAUUAAUGAAAUGAACGAUGAGUUGCAGGAGAAUUCCCGGGAAACGGAGCUGGAAUUACGGGAACAGCUGGAUUUGGGAGCAGCUCGAAUCCGGGAAGCAGAGAAACGAGUAGAAGCUGCUCAGGAGACAGUGGCUGAUUAUCAACAAACGAUCAAAAAAUACCGGGAACUCACCUCCCAUCUGCAGGUACACAGCUUCAGGGCAUCGCCAUCGCUGAAACUUGACCAGCAGCUUUCAGCAGACUGCUUGCGAAAACCCAAUCAAAUUAAACCAAACCUCAAAGUGGGAGUUGGGAACUGGGAGCUGACUGGAGGAGCUGGCACUUGGAAGCGGACGUUUUGA